AAAAGUAUCGUUGUAAAGAUAAAGAUCUACACAUGGUUUUUAUUGAUUUGGAAAAAACUUAUGACCGUAUACCAAGAGAAGUGCUUUGGAAAGCGUUGGAAAAAAGGGAGUACGGAUUGCUUAUAUUAAAGCCAUACAAGAUAUGUAUGAGGGGGUAAAAACUAGUAUAAGAACGCCUAGUGGUCAAAUAAAGGAUUUUCCUAUAAAGAUUGGACUACAUCAGGGAUCAUCUCUGAGUCCUUAUUUGUUCAACUUGAUUUUAAAUGUUUUGACGGAACAUAUUCAAGAGGAAAUCCCGAAAUGUAUGCUCUUCGCGGAUGAUAUAGUUCUUAUAACAGAGACAAGAGAAGAGGUUAAUUGCAAACUUGAGUUAUGGAGGAGGACAUUGGAGUCGAAAGGUUUUCGUCUGAGUAGAAGUAAGACGGAAUAUUUAUAUUGUAAAUUUGGUAAAGGACUAUCCGAAAAUAAUUUGGAAGUGAAAUUGGGAGAUCAAAUUAUACCUCAAGUGGAAAAGUUUAGAUAUUUGGGAGCCAUUAUUCAAAAUGAUGGCGAAAUCAGUGGAGAUAUUUCACAUAGAAUUCAAGCUGGGUGGUUUAAUUGGAGAAAAGCUAAAGGAGUUAUUUGUGACCGUAAGGUGCCUAAUAAACUUAAAGGAAAGUUUUAUCGUACUGCUAUCAGACCGGCAAUGUUAUAUAGUAGUGAAUGCUGGGCUCUAACGGGACAGCAAGAGCAUAAAGUUGGAGUAGCAGAGAUGAGAAUGUUACGAUGGAUGUGCGGACAUACACGUAAAGAUAAAAUUCGAAAUGAGCAUAUAAGCGAAAAAGUGAGGGUGGCACCUAUUGAGGAAAAAAUGGUAGAAAAUCGGUUGAGAUGGUUUGGGCAUGUACAAAGAAGACCAAGGGAGGCACCAGUGAGAAGAGUGGAACAUAUAACUUUGAGUCCGAUUAAGAGAGGUAGAGGAAGGCCUAAGAGAACACUCUUGGAAGUUGUUGAACGUGAUCUCUUAAUUAAUAAUAUUUCUAAAAGCUUAAUAAAUGAUAGAGCACAAUGGCGUCUUGCAAUCCAUGUAGCCGACCCCACCUAGUGGGAUAAAGGCUUGUUGUUGUUGUUGUUGUUGAAUUCUUUUUUCAAUUAUUGAUCAGUCCUUAAACUUUGCCUAAGAACAACUUGGCCUUAGUUUAUUGACUCAG